UCUGAAAGUGUGCACGGGGAACACACGUGUUUCGGUUUCAACGAAAACAACACAGCUUCACUGUCACAGCGAAGGCUUGUAUUUUACAUCUUUAAACGACCUGAUGUCAGAAGAUGCCAUGGAUCUCCUGUUGCAGGAUGACCCAAACGAUCAUGCAUUCAGUAUAAACAUGUACAUGGUAUUGACAUCCCAAUAUUUAGUGGGAAGUUCCCAGGUAUCGUCCGCUAGUGACAGUCUGCUGGCAAAUCCAGACAUGCGAUGGAAGGAUGCUGAUGUGAAGGACACAGAGACACCUGAUCCAAGAACUGUGGCAUUUCAUUCAGAGUGUCAACCUGACAUUCAGUUGAUAUGGGACCCGAUUAUUCAGAGAACUGCAGAUUUUAUGAAGCUGUUUUUGACAGAAGAUUUGGUUUUCUCCAUCUGUAUUGCCACCAACCAUUAUGCUGAGAUGGUCAUAUCUCGAGGGAAGGAUUGUCAUUAUGCUUCCCAAGGAAAUUCGCAUCCUCUCACUGAAGAGGAAUUGUACAGGUAUUACUAGUUUUAAAGUACCGAUAUUGUGACAGUGAUUUCCAGUUUAAAACGAAUAAUAAAAUGCAUAAUAAAAAGAUUAUCUUUACCAAAAUUAAUCUUGCUGUGCGUCUAACACAUUUAUUAGAUGUGUACUACAA